AUGACCAGCUGGUUCGGAAGGAAGGUAACUCCAAAGCCGCAUCAAGAUGACGGCUCGCAAACGGCCAAAGCUCUUCCGGCGUCCUGGUACAGGUCGUCGGCCAUGUACGAACUUGAAAGACGGGCCAUUUUUUCUCGCAGGUGGCUGCUCGUCUCUCACAAAGCUCGCCUUGUGAAUUCCGGCGAUUACAUUCGAAUCACUGAGGCCAACUUCACAUUCUUCCUUAUAAAGGACCGCCAGGGGCAGAUUAGAGCGCACCAUAAUGUGUGCAGGCAUCGAGCCUACCCCUUAAUAGAAAAUGAGGAGGGACAUAUCAAUAUUAUCGCUUGCAAGAUCCACGGAUGGUCCUAUGGUCUUGAUGGAAGGCUUGCAAAAGCUCCAAAAUAUCAGGGGGAAACGUUCAAGAAAUCCGAGAAUGGGCUAUUUCGUAUCCACGUUCAUAUUGACCACAUGGGCUUCAUCUGGGUCAAUCUUGACUCCGAAGACACACCGACAGUUCCGUGGCUGCAGGAUUUCGCGUCCGUCGAUCUCCAACCACGACUGCAGCACUUCGACAUGAACAAAUACCGCUUCGAUCAUCAAUGGGAAAUGGUAGGCGAGUACAACUGGAAAACCCUGGCGGAUAACUACAAUGAGUGUUACCACUGUCCAACUGGCCACCCGGCACUCAACAACCUCACUGAUCUCUCCAAGUACUGGGUCGAGACUGCAGAUGCUCAUAUCCAACACUUUAACGUCGACAAACCGGACAACGAAGGAAUGGGUAUCUAUAGCACCUACUUCUACCCCAAUGCGUCUGUAACAAUCUCGCCGAUAUUCUUCUACAUAAUGCGUGUGACCCCCAUCUCAGCGAGUCAAACAAAGAUGGAGUACGAAGUCUAUCGACACGAGGAAGCGAAGGACGAGGAAUUCACAGAAAUCACCACCUGCUUCAGACAGAUUUUGAAAGAGGACAAGGAUCUGUGCACUGGAGCGCAAAAGAACCUGAAUGGAGGGAUCUUUCUCAACGGGGAGCUCCAUCCUCGUGCCGAAAAGGGACCAAUAUUUUUCCAAGAACUAACACGGAAUGCCGUGAAAUCCCACCGUGAGCGAGAAGAGGAGCUAGGCGCAGAGAUCUGGCCAGCUACACCUAAGCAGGUCACUGGUGAUAAGACGCAAGAAGACAUCGACUUUUGUAAUAGUCUGGAGUGUGCGGGAGACCCAGAUCUAGAGUGGUGA